AUGAUUUCUGUCCCUAUAACGAUUGUCACUACCACUGUUGACGUGAUCUCCACUUCAACCACAGGCGUCUUCAUCACGGUUACCCCCACUGGUAUAACUUCGGCUAUUAAGUCCACUGUGCUCCUGACGGUCACACCAGAAGAUGUGACAAAGACUACAACCCUCAAGUCAACUAUCACUAGUACUGAUAUUUUGACUGAACCAAUGACCACUUCCACCAAAACCUCGAUCGUGACUGUAGAUAUCGGCAGCACCAUUACACCUGACAUAAAGACUGUCACCAAGACUAGCAAAGCUACGACCACCGAUACAGUGACCAUCACUGGCAAGGAUAUCACAAAGACCGUAAAGAGCACCCUCACCUCGACCUCAACCUCAACCAUCACUGCCGUUGCUUCACGGUCACCGACAAGGAGACAGUAA